CGCACAGCCCCUGUGGCCAGGGCUGACUUCCUCCCACAGGGUCUGGGCGGGGCAGGCAGGAAGGGGCCAUGACUGGUCCUCUUGGCUACCCACCAGAGCAGCAGCUGAGCUGGCAAGGCAAGCAGCUGGGCCACCUUUCUGCUGGGCUUCAGAAUGGAUGUGUGUCACGCAGAUCCAGCUGAGCUCAGCAGUGGGGAGGCCAAGGAGCUACAGCAGAUCAAAUGGCACAGGAAGCAGCUACUGGAGGACAUCCAGAAACUGAAGGAUGAGAUUGCAGAUGUGUUUGCCCAAAUCGACUGCUUUGAGAGCACCGAGGAGAGCCGGAUGGCACAGAAAGAGAAGGAGAUGUGCAUCGGGAGAAAGAAAUUCAACAUGGACCCUGCUAAGGGCAUCCAGUAUCUCAUUGAGCACAAGCUGCUGACCUCUGAUGUCCAGGACAUCGCCCAGUUCCUGUACAAGGGUGACGGUCUCAACAAGACAGCCAUUGGCACCUACUUGGGGGAAAAGGACCCCAUCAACUUGCAGGUCCUACAGGCCUUUGUGGACUGCCAUGAGUUUGCCAACCUCAACCUCGUUCAGGCCCUCAGGCAGUUCCUGUGGAGCUUCAGACUGCCGGGUGAGGCCCAGAAGAUUGACCGCAUGAUGGAGGCCUUCGCUGCUCGCUACUGCCUCUGUAACCCUGGAGUCUUCCGGUCCACAGACACCUGCUACGUGCUGUCCUUCUCCGUCAUCAUGCUCAACACCGGCCUACACAACCCCAACGUGCGGGACAGACCACCCUUCGAGCGCUUUGUGACCAUGAAUCGUGGCAUCAACAGCGGCAGUGACCUGCCUGAGGAGCAGCUACGGAACCUGUUUGAUAGCAUCAAGAGUGAGCCCUUCUCCAUCCCUGAGGAUGAUGGCGGUGACCUCACCCACACCUUCUUCAACCCCGACCGUGAAGGCUGGCUACUCAAGCUGGGGGGCCGUGUGAAGACAUGGAAACGGCGCUGGUUCAUUCUCACUGACAACUGUCUCUACUACUUUGAGUUCACCACUGACAAAGAACCUCGGGGGAUCAUUCCCCUGGAAAACCUCUCCGUGCAGAAGGUAGAGGACCCCAAGAAGCCGUUCUGCCUGGAGCUGUACAACCCCAGCUGCCGGGGCCAGAAGAUAAAGGCAUGCAAGACGGACGGGGACGGCAAGGUGGUAGAAGGCAAACACGAAUCCUACCGCAUCUCAGCUGCCAAUGCCGAGGAACGCGACCAGUGGAUCGAGGCCAUCAGGGCCAGCAUCACCCGAGUCCCCUUCUACGACCUGUUGUCUGCUCGGAAAAAGAAGAUUGUUGGCAAGUAGUAAACUUCCAGGAGGCGGUGCUGGCAACCUCGCAGGACCUAUGGUAUCUGGAGACACAGAGACACACCUCUCACCCGCUGUGCCUGUUCUUGCUCGCAAACAUGCCCCUCUCCAUCACUGGAACUGGCUGUUGGGGGAUGUGGAUCCUCGGAGGGCCCAGAGCUCAUGGGGAAGCCUGCCAGGAAGAACUGAUAAAGCUCUUUCCGGGACCACUGUGGCUGAGGGUUAGGAUGGGGAGAUGAGCCAGCCUAGAGCCUGUAUCCCACCCUCUCCCUCCCAGCAGAGGAUCAUGGAUUCCCUAGGGGCUUCUAGCUCAGUUUUCCUUCCCUUACAUUGGGGUCAGGGCCUCUCUGCCAUGGACAAGUAUCAGCAUACAUCGAGCUUGGAGCCCCGGAAACUUCAGACAAACCCCUUGGCUGAACACAGCCCUCCUCUGGGUCUUACAAAAUGCAGAGUUCGGAUAGGAAACGUCACGGCCCAGCAGGCUUUUUUUGGUCAGCUCAGCUUCCAGGGGGAGCUGGGAGAUCAGGUGACUGAAUGAGACAGACCAAGCUGGAAGGUUCUGAGGAUACUGCUAGCACAAUUCCCACGGGUGUUGGCCUGAGAAGAUGAGUGGAGGAGACAGACCCUCAAAGCUGUAGCAGUAUCUAUGGCUGGCAGGUCUGACCUACGGCUGAGAAAAAUGAGAGAAGAGGACACUCCAGGUUGUUCCCACCAGGAGGGCUGCUUUAGAGGCCACAGCAAGCCUGAAGGUAGCACAGGACUUAGGCUUGGACAGACUCUCAGCCAUGACACCAGCUACCUGGCCAGCAGAGCUAGGGUAGUCACGGGAUGAAAGAUGGACCCCUGUUUCUGCCUCCUGCCUCUUGCCAGAGCAAGGCCAGCUCUCCAUACACAGCAGACUGCUGUGUACCCAGGGAGGGCACUCUUGGGAGAUGUUUCUCACUCUCCCAAGCACUUGCACCUCCUCUCCUGCCUGAGCAGCGCCCCCCCCCCGGGGAAAGCUCCUUAACAAGGCAGCAAGAAAUGGGGCUCCCUGUGCCCUGUGCCAGCCCAGGCUCCAAGAAUGAGCAGCAAGUGGCCAGGCUGCCCUCUUCCUCUGUAGGAGCUCAUGUAUAUGUACUCUCUACACAGUGGGAAGAGAAGUGCAUGGGGGUGGGGGGAGAUGCCUGUCUCAGGAAGGCCACACAUCUGGGACCUGGGGUAUCGGCAAGGCAAACGGAGCCCUUGCUGGACAUUUGAGAACUUUCUAGUGAGCUGAGCCCAUACCAGCUGCCCCCAUUUAGGGAUUAAAGGACCCUAAAGUCUUCCUCUGCCUCUGCCAUGUGUGUGUGUGCACAGAGAGUGGCUGACUUUGGUCCCUUUCCCCUCUCUGGUUCUCCACUUCUUCCCUGACAUCAAGAUGGUGGGACAUCGUUUUCUUUCCUGUUGUAACACUUAGGAGCAAGAAUAAAAGCUCAUGACGUA